AUGGCGAGAAAUAUUACAGGUUUUGUUAAAGCUCAAUCGGAUAAUUUACCAAAAUUAAACGUUUUAAUGGUUGCUGACUUUUUUAGUGAAAAUGAAUUUUUUAACGUGGCAGAGACAAGAGGUGUUAAAGCUAAAAGGGCUGAAGGUAAAGAUUAUGGUGAUGCAGCUGUGGGAUACGUUGAAGUAAAACGUGAAGGUAAUUUCUGCCAAGUCCGAGGGAAAAUAUGUCCUGAACAUAGAGUAAAUAAUAAACCUUACUCUGUAUCGAUGCUUGUUAACGAAGAGAUAGACAAGGUCGAAUAUGUUCGAUGCGAAGACUGUGCAGCUUCCGAAGGAGGUUGUAAACAUUCGGUAGCUUUCUUAAUGUGGGUUCACCGUCGGAGCGAAGAGCCAGAACCUACAGCUACCGUAUGCUACUGGAAGAAGCCAGUGUUAGCACAAAUAGGAAGCAAUGUAAGAGCCAUGAAAGCUAAAGAUCUGGUAAAGAAUGAGAGAAGUGCAGUAGAUCUUCCUAAUAAUACUGGUUUCCUGCAGGGUCUUGUACAAGAGAUGAAAAAUAGAAAUUUCGAUUGCCAACUGUCUCGUCAUUUUCUAACAGUGGAAUCAUAUAAAGACUUAUCAAUCCACUCUUUAUUGAUUUCCUUCUGCAAUUCAUCUCAAUGUAAAGAUGCGAAUAGUUUUUUGAACUUUGCAAGAGAAGAAAUGAUAAAAAAACCUUAUAAAGAAGUUGCAAAAGCUACCAUAGAGCAAAGCAAAUCAACUUUGUGGCAAGAGCUGCGGUACGGUAGAAUAACAGCUUCCAAAAUAUUUGAAACAUCUCGUUGCAAGAAACCUGCAGGAUGUCUCGUGGAGCAAAUUAUUGGAGCCUACAAAUUAAGAGACACUGAUGCGAUGGAACGAGGCAGGCGUUUGGAGGAACAAGUACUGGCAAUUCUGGAAGAAAAUCUGCAAACAAAACUACAAAGAGUAGGUUUGUUAUUACAUCCGGAUCUUCCCAUCAUCGGUGCCUCUCCUGAUGCCCUCGGUGAAAAUUUUGUUGUGGAGGUCAAAUGUCCACAAUUUUUAAAAUCUGAGGAGAGGUAUAUAAGCAAAGAAAAUGCCAUCUGCAGCAAAUAUAUGGCUCAGAUUCAAUUGCAAAUGCUCAUGCAAAAUGUACAAAGAGGAUACUUUUGCAUUGCGAAGCAUGAUUUCGAAGCCUCACAAAAUAUUAUAGUCGUGUGUGUUGACUUCGAUGAACAAUUUAUUAAUAAGGUUGUUGCUGAUGCCAUGACAUUCUGGAAACAGAAUAUUUUUCCUGUACUUAUUAAUGGAAUUAAAAGAUAA